AUGGAUUCUAGCGCGCCAUACGCGCUUAAUUCAGAAGAUGACAAACGGUGGAAGCUUAACAGGCGAAGUGGGAAAUUGAACAAACUGAGCGAAACAUUUGCAAGGCAAAAGAAUAUAAUUUUCGUGAUUUUCUGUGUUUUGUUCGUUUUCUUUUGGUUUGGGAGCUCCAAAAUCUCGUUUUCAUCCGCUUCGCCAAAAGUUGUCUUGAUUUUGGCCGUGAACGAAGGUGGAGGUGUUUUGAAAUGGAAAGGCGAACAAGAAUGGGCGAUCGAGCGAAUUUCCAUUCAAAACAAACGCGCCUACGCUAAGAAGCACGGGUAUGGACUUACGCUCAAGGACAUGCGUACCGCUAGACGGUAUUCGCAUGAGUACCGGGAAGGCUGGCAAAAAGUGGAGAUCUUGAAGCAAACGAUGCGCGAGUUCCCGGACGCCGAAUGGUUCUGGUGGCUGGAUAUGGAGACUCUGAUUAUGGAACCGGAGAUGUCGCUGGAUAAGCAUAUUUUUAGUCGCUUGGACGAGAUUUCCUACCGAAUGCUAGACGAAUUCAAUCCCUUGAACUUGCCACUCGACAUACCGUAUGUGGACUACUCGAAACCUGUCGAUUUGUUGAUCACACAAGAUUGCGGCGGGUUUAAUCUGGGAUCGUUCUUGAUCAAAAACUCAGAAUGGUCAAAGCUUUUGCUCGACAUGUGGUGGGACCCAGUUUGUUACGAACAGAAACAUAUGGUUUGGGAGCAUCGAGAGCAAGAUGCGCUCGAAGCGCUUUAUGCGUUCCAACCUUGGAUUCGUGAAAAAACCGCAUUUUUGCCCCUCCGAACCAUCAACGCUUUCCCACCUGGAGCUUGCUCUGAAUUUGAAAACGAUCCGCGCUUCUUCUAUAAAGAAACUGAUCACGAUUUUGUUGUUAACAUGGCUGGCUGCAGUUUUGGUCGCGAUUGCUGGGCCGAGAUACAGCGGUACGGCUCGCUUUUGGAAGCCAGCAACCGUAGAUGGUUUCGUGGAUUGUUUUAG